AUGCACGCCUCUCCCAUCAAGCUUUUGGCCCUUUCCGCCAGCGCCGUCUCCGCUGCCGUCCACGUCGUCAAGGUCGGAGAGAACGGUCUGAACUUCACUCCUGCUCAGACCUCCGCCAAGGUUGGCGAUACUGUCGAGUUCCACUUCUAUGAAGGUUUCCACUCCGUCGCCCAGAGCAGCUUCGCCAAGCCCUGUGAGCCUAUCAACAGUACUGCCUUCUUCAGUGGUGACCAGAAUGUCAAGACCAAGGUCAGCGAUAAAGUCUUCACCAUCGACGUGAAGUCCGAGGAUCCCAUCUGGUACUAUUGCGCUGUCCAAGGUCACUGCCAGGGUGGUAUGGUUGGUGCCAUCAACGCUCCUACCAGCGGCGCUAAGAGCUUCGACAACUACGCCAAGGCUGCUGCUGACUCUGAAGACAGCUCUGCUCCCAAGUCUACCGGUGGCGGCAAGCUUGGCGCCGCUGAGACUGGAAGUGCCUCAGGUACUGCCUCAGGUACUGCCACCGCUACUGCUACAGAGAGCGGAACUGCUGCCAGCGCUUCCGCAACAGAAAGCGGAAACGCUGGUAUCGAGACACGAGGAAAGAUCCAAUGGGGUCUCAUGAGCGGUGCCAUUGCCGCCCUCUUUGGCGGUUUGAUGGUGUAG